AUGGGUCGAAUCGCCAACUUAGCCUCUGGUCUAGAGAUGGGCCAAACGCCCAUCUCCAAAGAGAUUGAGCAUUUUAUUCAUUUAAUUACUGGAGUGGCCGUAUUCCUGGGCAUCACCUUCUUUGUCAUCGCUUUCAUUCUUGGCUAUUACUGGCUUGACGCUGUUAUCUUUCUCAUCGGUAUAAUCGUUGCCAACGUACCUGAGGGUCUCCUUGCUACUGUCACGGUAAUUAUCUCCUACAUACAACUUAACGAUGUUUUCGCCUUUUAUAGCCGCUACUGUACACUUCGUUCUUUUUUGAGCUAUAAGCAUCGUAUUUGGUUUUACUUGAAGUUAACCAAAGACCAAUCUACUCUUUGA